ACCCCGAGGGAGGGACGUUUGAGGUGGACUUCUGGGGUUAUUUGAGAACCUCGCCUGACACCCCCCCCCCCCCCCAGCCGGCCCCCAUGGACCCCCAGGCAGAGCCCCGGUGGCGCGUGGCAGCGGUGGUGCCAGCGGCGGGCUGUGGCGAGCGCAUGGCCCUCGAGACGCCCAAGCAAUACCUGGAGGUUUGCGGACGCCCCCUGAUCGCCUACUGCUUGGCGUCCUUCGAAGAGGUCCCGUGGCUGACGAAGGUGGUGGUUGUGGCCGACGACGUGAGGCGGAUGACGCAGGUGCUGGCGGACGCCGGGUUGUCGAAGGCCGAGGUUGUGCAGGGCUGCCGCACCCGCCACCGCUCCAUCCGCGUCGGCCUGACCGCCCUGGCCGAGGACCCUCCGGAGGUGGUGGUGGUCCACGACGGCGUGCGCCCCCUCGUGCCCCUUGCGACCCUCCGGCAGGUCGUGGCGGCGGCGGCGGAACGAGGGGCGGCUGGAGCGGUACGACCUCUCGUGUCGACGGUGCUGCGACCCGCCCAGCUGCAGGAGCACGGCGCCGCGGAGCUGGAGGUCCUGCAGGAGAGUCUGGUGAGGAGCGACUUCCGGAAUUCGGAGAUGCCGCAGGCGUUUCGCUUCGCCGUCAUCACGCAGGCCUACGGCAGCUGUAGCGACGAGGAACUAGACCACGGGACAGAGUGCCUGGCCCUGGCACUGAAGCACACAGGGGUGAGAGCCGCUUUAGUGCCUGGAACACCCGACCUGUGGAAAGUGACGGAGGCGCGUGACCUAGUGGUGGCGCGGGCCGUCCUGCCACGCCACACGCGCCACAUCGCCGUUCUCUGCGGCGCCCCUCCACCCGUCGACAGCCUGGGAACCACGCCCGCGGGAAUAGGGAGAGAGGAACUUGCGACUCAGAACCCCGGGAGGAGCACAAGGGCCGCGGUGCCUUUCCUGACGUCCUUGGCCUCAGAUAGUAACUCUGACGGGGGUACCGACGACGGCUGGAGGCUCGAAUGCGGCGCGGAGUGCACCCGAGUGAUAGGACUCCUCGGACCCCGUCUCCGCUCGCACUCCUCGAGCCACGGAUGUUAUCACAGCCUCCAGGAUCUACAGCGCCUCUCCAGCGACGCCAGGGGAAGGACCUCGGUCGCGGUGGUGGCGGUGACUUCCCUUCGAGGACGUCCCCGCAGUCUUCGCCCCUAUCUGGAGGAGCUGAAGCAAGGGCUGGGCGUCGGUACUUCGUGUCUGAUUCUUAUCCUAUCGCUGGAUGAGAACAAGGCUAAAACGGAGGAGGAGUCCGGGUCCUUCCACCGGUCUCUCGACAUUCCCGCCCUUCAGGAAGACGUCAGGCAGACCUUCCAAGGACACGGAGCAAGCGUCACUAUCCUUCUAAGGAACCCAACCGGUCGUAGAAUUCCUCCGAUCGAUCAGAAGGAGAUGGAUGAAGUAGGGCAGAAGGAGAAGGAGAGCCAGUUCCUUGACCUGAUGGAGGCGGUGCUGCAGCAACACUCUAGGGCUUUCCACGGCCAGGUGUUAGUCGCAUAGAAUACAGUUUGAUAAUCACGGUUAUCAGCAUUAGUGCCAUUCUGUUUCCACUGACAGUCUUUCCAACAGCAGAUCGAAGUGUUAUGGAAAUCGGUCUGUUAUUUAUUAUCUUCCGAGUUAUAGCUAAGGUUUGCUAUAUUAAAAACUUCGACGACAUGGAGAUCCAGGGACAAGUUAUCGGUGGUGGUUUCCGUUGCUGAUUCCUCGGGCGAUUUUUGUGUCUUACUCUUUCCCUUCUAUUUUCAAUUUCAAUUCUUCCUCAUCUCCUUUUCCUUUCACUAUCACUUCUUUAUCUUUCCCUGUCAUUCCCAUUUCUUCAUCUCCCUACCUCUCACCCACUUAACACUCUCAUUUUUUUCUCACUCCCACAGGAUGCUUCAGUUCAUCCCUACUUAUUUUUCUUUUCAUCUCGGUCCCAUUCUGGCCUCUCCUUUUUCUCUUAUUCUCGCUUCAUUUUCUUUUCUGUCACUCUUUUUCCCUUUUCUUCUUCUCUCACUUCCUCUACUUUCCCUUUCCUCUCUCACUCUCGCCUUUUUUCUCCUCUUUAUCUCCGACCUUCCUUCAGUCCUCGAUCGUCGCAGACUUUUCUUCUUUCUACUCCUGCCAUUCGAUUCUUCCCCAAUCUCUUAUCCCCAGUCACUUAUCCCGAAUCUCUCAAUCUAAAUCUCUCAACCCGAAUCUCGAAUAGCCUUACUCGUACCAAGUCUACUUUGUUGUAUUCAGUGGCGUUUACGUGGGUCCAAGCAUCCCAGAUGGAGAAUCAUUCUUCCGGUUCAAUCAGUACUAUGAUGCUGAUGCUGUUUUUCUACUUUGGUUUGUGUGACAGGUUGUCUUCAUUGGCUUCGGUCCAGAAGCCCAUCCCAAGUACCUAGUAUUUUUCGCUGUCUAGGAAAACACUGACAAAAAUGUAUUAUCAUAAUAGACAAAGUCAGUGAAGAAACCCACAUAUGCACACGCACACGCGCGCACAAAAUUCUCAUGAUUUAAAAUCCCUGCUUAUCAUACUUUGUCCCAAUGCCCUUGAGAAAUAUCCUUUGAAAAUCAAUUAUUCCUACUGUUUACGGUACAUAAGAUGUACUAUAGUUGUUGAAAGACUUUUUUUCGAGGAGAUAAUUAUUUUGAAAUAAAUAUUUUGAUAAAUAA